AACCCACAUUUCUUGAGCUCUGCAACAAUGGCGAUCAAACCCCUUCAUCUCUUCCUUUUAGCUUCGUUUCUUCUCCUUUCUACUUCUAUUUCAUCCCAUGAAGUGGAGGUUGCCACCGUCCCUACACCGGAAGUGAAGCCGCCACAGCCGUCGCUACCAUCUCCGCCGGUUGCUAAGCCACCCACGGUUGCUAAACCACCCACUGUUGCUCCACCGGUUGUUAAACCGCCUACUGUUGCUCCGCCGGUUGUUAAACCACCCACUGUUGCUCCGCCGGUGGCUAAGCCGCCCACCGUCGCACCGCCACCGACUCCACCAAGAAACACUAAAGAAUGCUACCCACCGUGUCUGGUGAGAUGCAAGAAUCAUUCUCGACAGAAUGUAUGCCUGAGAGCUUGUGUGACAUGCUGUGACCGCUGCAAAUGUGUUCCGCCGGGACAGUCCGGCAACAAGGAGGUUUGCGGCACUUGCUACACCAAUAUGAAGACCCACGGCGGCCGACCCAAAUGCCCUUAAUUAUUAAUUCACCUUUAGGAAUAAAAGUGGUUUCUUUAUGAUGAUGUCGCCGGAGAAGAUGAUGAUGUCGCCGGAAAAUAGAUGAUGGAAUUAGGGCUUUUUUUUCUAUCGUAUGUUAAUGGUGGGAAUUGAGUUGUUCUAAUAUAUAAUGAAUAUUGUUUUCUUA